CUCAAGAGCAAAUCAUUCCGCGCAGGGGAAGUACGAAAGUACUAUUAUCAGUAAAACAGAGAAAGACAAACGUACAAUCACAUGCUUUGGUAACUAAAUUAAAUUUUAAGCAAGGCAAACACAGAAGCACUUUGUUACAAAGUCUAAAUUAUGGAAUGUUUCGGUCAUGUUCUUUUGAAUUUUGUUGCCACCUCCCCUUGCGUGGAACGUUACAUUGCAGAAAUACAUCCCAUUCUGUACUGUGUGGUCUGAGCUAAGCUAACUAAAUUUUGUCAUUUUGGACUACAUUUUCACUUCUUGUCUUGCUCGGGAUAAUCACCAUGUCGGUGGCUUUCGCGGCUCACAGACAACGGGGAAAGGGUGAUAUAACACCCGCGGCUAUACAGAAGCUGCUAGAUGAGAACAACCAGUUAAUACAGUGCAUAAUGGACUUCCAAAGUAAAGGAAAAACUGCAGAAUGUUCACAGUAUCAGCAGAUGCUCCACAGAAAUUUGGUGUACCUGGCCACGAUAGCGGACUCCAACCAAAACAUGCAGUCGCUGCUUCCUGCCCCUCCCACACAGAGCAUGACCAUGGGCCCGGGCGGGCUGAGUCAGAGCGGGCCCCCCCAGCCCCCACACGGCCACAGCAUGCCCUCUGAGGGGAUGGUCAGUGCCGGGCCCCCCGCCCCCCACAUGCAGAGCCAGAUGAACGGACAGAUGCCCGGGCCCAACCACAUGCCCAUGCAGGGUCCUGGGCCCAACCAGCCCCCCAACAUGCAGGCCAGCGGUAUGAACGUGCCCCCCAGCAGCCACGGCUCCAUGGGCGGGUACAGCCAUGCUGUGCCCUCCUCCCAGGGCAUGCCCGCCCAGGGCCAGAUGAACAUGACGCAGGGCCAGCCCAUGGGCAGCUACGGCCCACGGCCCAACAUGAACAUGCAGGCCAGCCAAGGUCCCAUGAUGCACCAGCAGGCCCCCGCCCAGCCAUACAGCCUGCCCCCGGGAGGGGCGCAGCACUACCAGGGCCAGCAGAACCCCAUGGGCAUGAUGGGACAGGUCAGCCAGGGGAAUCACGUGAUGGGACAGCGGCCCAUGCCUCCCUACAGACCCCCACAGCAAGGACCCCCUCAGCAGUACCCAGGACAGGAAGACUACUACGGGGAACAGUAUAGCCACGGAGGACAAGGAGCACCAGAAGGUCAUAAUGAUUACGGUUUUCAACAACCAUCGUUUCCUGAACAGGGCUACGAUAGGCCUUAUGAGGAUUCCUCACAACAUUACUACGAAGGAGGUAAUUCCCAGUAUGCACAGCAGCAGGAGGCCUACCAGCAAGGCCCCCCCCAGGCACAGGGAUACCCCCCACAGCAACAGCAGUAUCCAGGGCAACAGGGCUACCCCGGGCAACAGCAGGGAUACGGUCCCUCCCAGGCCGGGCCAGGGCAGUACCCUAACUACCCCCAGGGCCAGGGGCAGCAGUAUGCGGGCUACAGGCCGCCCCAGCCUGGGCCCCCCCAGGGCCAACAGCAGCGGUCCUAUGGCUACGACCAGGCUCUCAUGAGGAAAUAAGGACCGCUUAUUACACCCCCCUGACUAGAUCUGUAAGACGUGAAGAGUCAGUAUGGAAAUUACCAGCAGUGAGGUACAAAGGUUCCAUUCCAUGUGCAAAGUAUCCAAACCACCACGGACUGCCCUCAGGGCUGGAGUCACUCCAGUAAUGAGAAUCACUCAUUUGCCCUUUUCUCUUCUGUUUUUGCAAAAUGGCUGCUGGUGAUCAUCUUAUUUUGACCAUAUAAUUAAGACUGGGUUCCCCCACCCCCGCUCUCACUUACUCGCACGCACGCACACACACACACUGCAUAUAUGAAGACCUCUGUUUUCUGAAUUCUGCCUUCUUAUUUGGCCAGGGCUCAGGUACAGGAGAACAUAGAGGGUUGAAUGGUUGUCACAGUCACCCGAGUGAGGCAAGUCUUGAGCCUGUUGUUUUCUGUAUUCAAUAUUUUGUAAAAUGAAAUUGAUAUGAUCUCACCCUCCCGCCACUUCAGAUUCGUAAAGUAUAUUUUGGUUUUUGACUCUGUUUGGACCCUUAACUGUAAGUGAUGCCUUAAACCUAUAACAUCACAAAUAAAUAAAUAAUUAAAACAUAAUAUUAAUAUCUGAAGAUGUGUCCCAAAGACCAAACAGCCUUAUGUGGCAUCCGUUUUGCAGUUCAUUUUUCGUUUUAGGAAACAGUGACCCUUCUAACCAUAGUGCAAUGAUUAUUUUGUUGUUUUUAUAAAGCAAUAAGGCAAUGGAGAGGAAUGUGGGGUCUUAUGAAACAUUACAUUCGGUAAGAUGGUCAUUAAUAUAAAGGUCAGAAAUAUUAAUGGAUGUAUAAAUGUAUUUUUAUGCUUUUAGGUAGAAACUAACUUGUAAAGAUUAGAUAUUGUCUUUUUUGGUUUUUUUGUUAUCUCAUUUGUUUUCCCAUUCCCAAAAAGAGCCAUUUUGAGCUGUGACCUUUGUUUUUUUCCUGUGUAAUCCUUUUAUUUGUAUGGGGUUUUUUGUUUGUUUUUUGUUUAGACUGUACGCUCAAUAACUGCAAUGGCUUAUAUGAUGUGAAUUAUUGCAGGGGUAGGAAAGCCAUACGUUUUAUGGUUGUACAUAUACAAAUGCUCAAAGAGAUGGAGAAUUCAUUCAGUUGCUAAAAAGCUAAAGGUUGCUAAUAUAAUGUAGAGUAGUGAUGUUGAGAAGCUGGGGACUGUUUUUGGAACCCACAGCUGGCUCCAGACGGUGCUGUUUUUAUUAAUUUCCUGACCGGAGCAACAGCACUGUCAUAUCGUUUUGGAUUUAUUGCUUUUUUCAGUGAUCAUUAUUCCAUUCACUCUGUCCUUGUAAACCUUUUGAGUUCAGUGAAAACUGAUCUGCAGACACAUUUUGUAAGUUUCUGGACGAAAAGAUUGCCUACCAUCAAGUUUUUGUUCUGACUGCACUGCAAAACACUUUAACAAAGAACAAGUUAUUAAUUCACUCUGAUUACAAAACGUAAAUAUGAAUUAUGUAGAACCCCAUCCAAAAUUAAACGGUGUCAUUUCAGACCUGUCUACAAGUAAAUACUCAGAAAAGGAACCAUUAUGAAUGAAAAGCUCUGUAGUGUUUUGCAGACUAUUAUAGUCCUUGUGUUGGCUUGAACAAUAACACUUAUUUAUAUCUAUUCAGCACAGUGCAUACAUGGUGAGAUCCUAAGAAUGGUUUUAAGUUCUUUUCUUUUUUUUUUUUGAGUGAACCAGAAUGGUUUGUUCCUAGAUGUACAGUUUGAUCUAAAAUAUUGAGAAAUAAUUAUUCUGUUGUAUCCAAGACCACCAGCUCUUAUAGGUACCAUGCCAACGUCCGCCACUGUGUUUUGCGUUACAAUGUAAAGCUGUAUGUCACUGGAUUUUAGUAUAAAGAAGUCAAAUAAAUUAUUGUGAUUUUUCAUA